UCGUAGCCGUCCUUGUAACGCCCGUUUUCUUUCAGGACCAUGGAGAGCGGCCGCGUGCUGCUCCUCGUUGUUCUUGGCGCGUCUCUCCUCGUGGUCGCGUGCCGCGCUCAGCUCAGCACCGAGAUGAGAGACACCCGCGCCUCCUCUUGGGAUAUCGCUUCGGUAAAGGACUCAAGCAGCCUCCACGAGAAAGAGUUGCUGGAGGCUCUGCAGGAGGUCCUCGAGAAACUGCAGAGCAAGAGAAUUCCCACCUGGGAGAAAAAAUUCGGACAAGUCGCUUUGUGCGGCGCCGGGGACCAGUGCGCUGUGAGGAAGGGAGCACGCAUCGGCAAACUCUGCGACUGUCCUCGCAGCUACGCCUGCAACUCGUUCCUGCUCAGGUGCCUGUGAGCAUCGCGAGCAAAGCAGCAACCAGCGUCAGCCCAAGAUCGCCUCGCUUCUACGCACACGACUCAACCGGCGACUCAACUCACCAACUCCCAUCCGCAACACACCCGGAUCGCCCACAGCGUUCCAUAAUAAUGAUACAUAGUCUAACACUCGUUACUCCGAAUCACGCUUCUCUAUCCUCCAAACAACUCGGACCCUCUCAUUUCAGAGCACGGAUCUUGCCUGCCAAACCUCGGUGCGGUUUUGACAGUUGUCAUGUUGAUGAAUCGCUCUUUAUCGAUUGUUACACUCAUUAAAAAAAAAAUUGUGCGUUUUUAGGAUCGAUUAUAUAUGUGUAUAAUUCAAAGUGUAUGCAUAUUACUCGCUAUCUUUCGGCUCCUAGAAUGGACAAGGUAAAAGACACGAUACACAGAUGAUGAACGAGAGGUGUCAUUUCGAUUUAAAGCUUUUGUGACUGCGGGGAUUCAUCUUCUUGGUUCUUUCGGUAAAGUCACGUAGAAGGGAAAUAAUAAAAUAAUACAAAUAAAACAUAAUAAUAUAAUAUAUUAUUUUAAUAAUAGAAUAUUAUAUUUUAUUAUGUUAUAUUUUUAUUAUUGCAUUAUUUCCCUUCUACGUGACUUUACCGAAAGAACCAAGAAGAGAGUUGUCAUCUCUUUGAAUUAAAUACGUAAAAAUAAAAACCACCGAGGACUGGACCGUGACGGUCAGGCUCGAGUCCAAACAAGUCGUGGCUCCCCUCACUCCCAUCCAAUUGCUCAAUGCCUCGCCAACCCGUGCAAGUGCUGGGAAUAGACGCAAGUAACUAAACGUCAAUAACGUAGAACGUCUAUAUUUCAUCGUCUCUUUGUUGAACGUUUACCGCGAAAAUGAUGUAUUCGUUAUGUAAAUAAUAAAGUAUAUUCUGUUCCUUGCUAUGCACUCAGCGCGCGUGUGUUUAUGCGGGGACUACGAUAACUCAUUGAAGAAUCCGUUUCCUUAUAAUCAGUCUGUAAUUUACGUAUUCUUGCUUUCGAUAAAAAAAUAUAUAAGCCACAAGUGUCAUUAUUAAGCCAGGUGUAGUAUUUAUUCGCUGGUUUGUCGUGGCAUAAAAUGACUCGUGACGUUUGCAGGUAAUUUGUGUAAUAAGGUCAUUUCUAUAAAGUAACCACUUUAGUCAUGCGCUUUUUUUCCAUUGAGGAAUGAGCAACACUACACGAACACUCUCAUGAAGCCAUCUCGUGACGAGCAGACCCCGACAUUGGCAUUUAGCUCCUAAACAUAUUGCUAGACCCAAUACGGUCUUCCUUAAGAUGUGAGGAAGCCACCGGGCGCUCUGCACUUUUAAAUCUAGUAUGAAAACUAAUUUCUUUAGAACUGCUUUUUGUGUUUAGUUUACUGUCCAUUCUCCACGACUCCGAUUAACACUAUUGGUUACGUACGGUGCGAACGAAGU